AUUAAGAGAUCGCGUUCAAAUUCAUCCAUCCUUCACAUAGAGUUCUCAUUCUAAACUUACUACUUACCAGGAGGCGACAUGGACGAUGAACAGAAUGAAGGAAGACUGUAUAGAGGCUUUGAGCGAUAUCAAGAGUUCGUCGAGACCCAGAAUGCCUUCCUGUUCUUGCAGUCUUCCCAAAACCUGGAUGAUUCUACUAAAGAGUUGGGACUAUUAACCAAGCUAUCGAUGAUCUUGGAUGAAUACCAAGAGCAAUCAUAUCUUUUAGAUCCAUAUCUUGAGCAACUAGUAGCUCCCGUCGUAGAUCAGUUGAACGUCCACGCUCAAAGGCUUCAACCACUCAGCGGUGACUCUUCACAAGGAUUCAAGGUCGGUCGCCUUGCUACUUUGAUGUACUAUUACAUCAAGUUCCGCGGGUACAAGACGAUCACCAGGUUCUUUCCUCACGAAAUAACAGACUUGUCUGUUGCGCUUAAUUAUCUUCUCCUUCCUGGCGGUCUCCCUCAAGAUCCCGCACAGUGGCCGUUGCGCUAUGUCAUGCUGCUUUGGCUUUCUCUCAUUUGCAUGCUUCCUUUUGACCUGGCUCAGUUCGAUGAACGCGGCAGUGUUGGUCAUACUGCUUCGCAGAUCGAGACAGUAGGAAAAUCCCACUUGAACAAAGCCGGUAUUGAACGCGAUGCUGCAGCCAUUCUACUUGCGCGACUUUACUUGCGCAAGGACAUGCACACCUCACUACCUGCCUUCCUGGACUGGUGCUAUCAGGUUAUCCGCAACCCCGCUGAACCAUUCUCAGCGAUUGGUUGCACUCGGGUGCUCUGUGAAGUCACCAAAGCAGGUUCUGCUGACCUUGUACAAGCAAACUAUAUAGCUCUGCUGGACAUAACCCGAUCGAUAUCUGAGCAUCCUACGCUCCUCAAUAAUACCAUCAUGCGAAAGCUGAGGACGAAACUUCUCUCUCGGAUCGCUGUGCGUCUUCUUCCUUCAACCGGCCCUAGAACUCGCCGAAAAGGUCCUCUUCUUUCUGGGGACGAUGAACAAGCCAGUCCGAGUUGCCAUGAAGAAAUCGAUAUAGAUGUUCCCGAGCAGGUAGAAGAGAUCAUUGAAGAAUUAUUCCAGGCCUUACAAGACAAGGAUACUGUUGUACGGUAUUCUUCGUCAAAAGGCAUAGCUAGGAUAGCCGAACGUCUCCCCAAGGAUUUUGUGGAGCAAAUUCUUGACAAUGUUCUCCAGUCGUUUUCCAUUCACUCUAUCGGCAUGGCCCGUAUGUAUGAAAUGCCGGCGAUCGCUGAAGCAACCUGGCAUGGUGCAUGUCUUGCAUGUGCAGAGAUGGCGAGACGAAGUCUAGUCCCGGACAGCAGGCUCUCAGAGCUCUUCGAAUGGAUGAGUAAAGCCCUGUAUUUCGACAUUCGACAAGGUGCUCAUUCUAUUGGAUCGAAUGUGCGGGAUGCUACGUGUUAUGUCCUGUGGUCACUAGCCAGGGCCCAAAGUGUCGAUGCGCUCGCGCCUCUAGCAGAGCCGCUAGCUCAACAACUCGUGACCGCGGCUUGUUUCGACAGGGAAGUCCAUAUACGCAGAGCUGCCAGUGCCGCUUUCCAGGAAUAUGUUGGACGAACUGGACUCUUCCCCCAUGGCAUCGACAUAAUUCGGAAGACCGAUUUUUACGCCGUGGGCACGAGACGACACGCAUUUCUAGUUGCCGCAUCGGAGGUCGCAGAACACGUUGAAUAUCGCUCGUCACUUCUCGAGCACCUGAUCUCGGUGACGAUACGUCAUUGGGACCCCGCAAUGCGAGAACUCGGUGCAAAGUCAAUCUGCGAAAUUUCCAAACUCGAUACGUCAAGUCUGGUAUUGAAAUGUUCUGAACGGGUGUCCGAGUACCUAACGUUCCCGGACGUUGGCGAUAUACAUGGCGCGCUAUUAACUCUGGCGGAAUUGGCUGCUACCUGUCACGAUAUACCGGAACUGGUUGAGGUCCGCCGACAGAUCUUCUCGUACAUUUCUCGCGUCCCGUCCAAUAUCGUACAAUCUCCUCGUCACGAGCUCGUUACUGCAGCCGCCUGUCAACUGAUAGCAAACAGCGUGUCCGUUUCGGAACUCAAGGCACGACAGACAGCGUCAGUACCAGAAUGGCGGAAGAUCACAGAUUUCGCUUUAAAGAGUAGGAGCCCUACCGUUCAGGAAGCAGCUGCAGACGCCAUGGCGGCCUUGAGCAAAUUGAUCGAUUGUUCACCAGUGGUUCAAAGGUUGAUUCGAGACGCGAAACCGACAUCACCACCAGUCCAACAAAGCUUAUGCCGGAUACUCGGUGUUUUGGAUUACAACGCUCAUCCUCAUGGCUUGAUGCAAGCUGUGGAACAUCUUCUUGCCAGCGUCGAUUCCAAGGCUCCAACAUUCAUCUCUAACGUUGAAGCUAGGAAGAAUGCCUGCGCUUCUAUACCGCUGAUACUUGCAAACGUACUCCCCAACAUAUCCGACCAUAUAUCUCCUGACCUCUCACGCCGCAUGUAUGGCGCUUUACAAGCUGGCCUUGCAGAUUAUACUAUGGACGAAAGAGGCGACGUGGGCUCGUGGAUACGAAUGGUCUGCAUCAAGGGUCUAGCCGAUGUUGCGGAACUAUUUCUGACCAAUGCUCCGAGAAUACCCAAUUUCGCGGACUACUUGCCUGCUAAGGAUUAUCAGCGGGCGGUGGGUGGUAUCCUGAAGCAAGGUGUAGAGAGGUUGGAUAAUGUCAGGCAACAAGCUGGUCACCACUUUUUGCGGCUAUUGGUGUUACACUUACCCGAUGUGCCCGAUAUUGCGCAAUGGAGGAUUCAUGGUGAGUCUUUUAUGAAAGAACUUUUCCUAAGUGGCGACGACACUGUGGGAUGGAACGAAGGCGCCUGGAUUUAUCCCAAAGCUGUGCAACUGUUAGAUAUUCCUGCAUAUCGCGAAUCACUCCUGGCUGGUUUGGUCCUCAGUGCAAGCAGCAGGACUGACAGCACGCAACGGCCGGUGUCCUCAAGUUUGGUCAACUAUGCCAAGACGCUGGCUGUCUCUAAUGAUGAUCCAACAAAGUACAGCCUGCGAGGCCUUGUGGGCGACCUUAUUGCGCCGGCCAGCAGGAACCUUCUAUCAAACGCAAUUGUGAUCCCUGCCUUGCAAACGUUCAAUGUGCUUCUAGAAGCAGAUGCACUGGAACCAUUGUAUGAAGACGAGCAGGGUUUGGCGAGUUUGCGUUCACUACUAUUGGCGGCAACCAAGAACGCCGCGCGUAUCAAGAAUGUCCAGAGAAUUUUGUUGUCAAUGAGGAUUGUCGUCAACCUUCUGCCAGUUCCAACUUUACGCCUUCAAUGUGUUGUGCAAUUACCCAUCUUCUUGGCACACCAAUAUCCGAAGGUCAGAGGUGAUACGGCUGAAUACCUUUACCUUGUCCUUCAAAGCAAAGACCUGGGGCUGGAGACGGAUGAAGUAGAAGACAUUCUAUUAGAAACUGCAUGGACUUCGAGUGAUAUCUCUGAGGCACGGGAUGCUGCUCAGCAAUGUACGAAAGUCCUGAAAGAUUCAAUUUCCUGACGUACACAUGUCACGAUGACAUGUAUCAUACAGUGACGUAAAUCUACUGCCGAUUUUUAUUUCUUUGCGCUGUAUAUCCUCGAGAGGCUAGCUAUCUGGGAAGAAAAUCAGACAUACCGUGAGAAAGUGUGAACCAAGUCAAUUACUGUAUUAGGCGGUGUGCACCGAAUGUAGGAUUGGUGUGCGGUCAUUGCCUAGCAGCGGCAGGCUUCGCUGUGUUUAUUCUACAUCUCAUUUGUUUCUUC